AUGCUAUCUAUCUUGCGCAAAGCUCGUCUAAAGGACAAGGAAAUGCGAGUAUUAAUGCUAGGACUCGAUAAUGCGGGCAAAACCACCAUUGUGAAAAGAAUCAUGAAUGAGGAUGUCACCACCGUCAGUCCAACAUUGGGCUUUAUCAUUAAGACUAUUGAUUUCAUGGGAUAUAAAUUGAACAUUUGGGAUGUGGGUGGACAAAAGACACUACGCUCCUACUGGAAAAAUUAUUUUGAAAAGACCGAUACUUUGGUCUGGGUUGUGGAUGCAACCGAUCGACUCCGGGUGGAGGAUUGUCGUGAAGAGCUGGCUGGGCUGCUGCUGGAGGAGGUUUGGUCCCCACCUAAAUUCUCGGGAUCCCGAGCUAACCUCCGACAGCGAUUGACGGGUGCCAGUCUGUUGGUGUUCUUGAACAAAACAGAUGUGGAACAUUGCAUGGAUGAGGAAGAGGUGCGAGAGCGCCUUGGGCUGGAUUCAAUCAAAACCCAUAAAUGGACUAUCCUCCCAUGCAGUGCUAUGACAGGACAAAACUUGAAUGAAGGGUUGGAGUGGGUGGUACAGGAUGCGAAAGACCGAUUGUUCCUCUACUAA